ACGUGAUCACAGCCCUUGCUAUUGUUUAUUGUAAAAAGGGGUAGGGCCGCCUCCUUAGACUCCUUGUUUUCAUUCAGCGACUUUGCACCCACUCCACCCCAAGCUGGGUACAAAGCACAGCAGUCUGCUACCGCUGCGUAUGACUGAUAUCGCUAUGUUAUCCAACGAAUAUGACAUCUACGUGGCGCAGUUCGGCCAUCCUCUUCUCCGCGGGGCCAAACAUUGGUCCAUCGUGGUCAUGACGGAUCCAAACAAGCUGACCGGAAUCGCGUAUCAGAUCAGCGGCGGUACGGAGACGUAUGAAGUCAAGCCCCCUGAAGGUAUAGACUUGUUCGACACGCCGACAUACAUGGGCCGUGUCAAGGUGGGGAAAGUCGCGAGAACACUGGUAUAUGGCGAUAACGGGGGGGGGUCACUCGGUUUCAUACUGACGAGGACGCCCGUCGUGUUGGGAAAUGUGCAUUGGAAUUGUCAGAACUGGGUUGCGGAAGGUCUCAAGCGGCUGAAGGAUGCUCAUCAUUCGAUUGAUGAUGAUUGUUUGGAAAGUUUGCAGCGGAGGCUUAGUUCGGUCGGAAGAGAAAGCCGAGAUUGACUGCUGAAUAAAAUAAGCCCAUCUUUGAUUUGUUUUACAAAGCUGGCUACUUAUGCUUUCGAGGGAAUAAAGUGCGUAUCUCGCAGAGUUUCAAUGUGAUGGUGUUUCAUGCUUCAAGGUCCCGCAAAGAUCCGGAGUCUUAUAAAAGAGGUACCACAUCGUAUAAUUUAAUGCAAUACUAGAUCGCUUUGUUCUCUGCCCCUACCAUCAUUCCAUCAGUGGA